AUGGCUCCUCAGUCCUACCCCUUUAUUCGCACUCGGUCUAUGACCCAACGUAUGGAAUCCGCAUUUCGCAAGUCUCCGCCGAAAGCUAGUUCGAACCAGGGUCUGGUACCACCAGCCCAGUCAACGAGGAUACCACUGUCUGAAGCAUUGCUCAAUCUUGAGUGUGAUGGAUCGCCAAAGAAGUCAACAUCUAUUCCCACCACCAGUCGCGGGACUUUCGAAAUCGCACCGCUCAAGUUCGACACUCUCUUGGCGCGACCGGCACCAGAUGGAGACAAGGAGAACCCGUUCCUCGUCCGUACCGCAGAUCAAUCCUCACCUAGCCCAACGAAGAAGCGCAAGGCCCCAGGUGAUGAUGAGGAGUUGAUGUUCGAAGACAGUCCCAAGAGGGCUAAGGUCGCUGCGUCCGUCGAUGAGCAAACGAUGUUAGUUGCCGAGGAGGACAAGGACAUUGAGGAUGAUGAUGGGCUGGGUCAGGUUCAGCGGAAAAUUGAAUUCCUCUCCCUGAAGCGAGCUCGCGAUUCUAUGUCACCCUCGCCUGUUGCCCAGCGUACAGAAUCCUCAAAUUUGGCACCGCCGGAUCCAGAUAUCGAUGAUGCCUCACCUCGAAAACGACAACGGUCUAUUUUCCUUUCAGGGGCACAUCCUGCGUUUGCCCCGAAGAACAAACAAGAAUUGCCGGAAAUGCCGCACAUCAAUCUGGCCAGACCACCGCCAUCCCCAACCAGACCUCGUCAACUACCCAGUCCGACCAAAUUCACAGGAGUGCCGCAGCUAUGGAAGAAUCCGAUUAGCCGUAGUCAAGGAAGCGGAAGCCUGUUUGCAAUGUCGAUCGGUGACAAGCUACCAAAAAAGGGAGAUGAAGAUGUGAAGGAAAUUCCUGAUCAAACCUUCAUGGGCAACACCUCGGCUGCUCGAACCAAGGUGACACCUGUUCCGUUGCAAAAGAGUGGCAGCCCGUCCACUGCAAGCGUGACCUCAGUUGCAAGUUCUGCUCGCCCGAGAGACUUAGCCCCACCUCCCUCUGUGGGCUCUUCAGAUAUACCAGCACCUCUCGCUUCUCCUCCGCGACCAUGUACUCCACCGGUGCUUGCCCCAAGGCCAGAGCCAGUAGCCGCCACCUCUCCUCUUCCAACUCCCCUCAAAGCGCUGUCUCCACCAGGUCGGCUACCAACGUCUCGUCUUCCCGUCCGCUCGACUCGCAUUCGUGGACAAGCUCCCAUCACUUCGUUGGCCCAAGAAGCCCAGCAAUCACCGCUCCAACCUCAGAACCAUUCAAUGCCGACUCGGAGCGGGUCCUCUCGUCCUGUCCGAGUCGUGCGCCAGCAGAUGCCUCCCAGUGCCUUCCGUGCGCCACCUCAGAAGGCUGCUGUUAUACCAGAGCAAGAUAUUCUCGCACCGAUCAAAGAUGCGGAUCAUGUUUCUCGUGAUGUUGGGACGGUUGGCCCAAGCGGAAGGGUUAGCUUGUCUAGCCUCUCGAAUGAGGCACAAACAAGCUUGUCGAAUCUCAGUACCGCGCUCGGCAAGCUUAAUCUGCCCCCGCCUCGAAGUAGUUCCAGGAUCGGUUUCACUCCGAAAACCGCAAAGGAAAACACAAAGAUUACCGUUCAGCCGGGGCCAUCUACAUUUGUAUCUGCCAAGAAAGGACACGCCCGAAACUCGUCACGGUCGAAAAACGCGUCGAGUUUGACCAGAUCUCAAACAACAUCAGCCCUCACAACAUUAACCAAUCCUUUCCCCUCUCUAAAUGGUGGGCCUAGCGAAACAGUCCAUACCACAGAAAGAACGGGACCAGAGACUGGGCACACUGCUCCCCUGACAGGAUGCGUUGUAUUUGUGGAAGUGAGAACAAAGGACGGCGAUGAUGCGGGUGGGGUAUUUGUGGAGAUGCUUAAAAUACUCGGCGCCAGAGUUCUGAAAUAUCCAAGUCCAUCAGUAACCCAUCUUGUUCUUAAGUCACCGUUACCUCACACGAUUACUCGAUACCAUAACCUUCCUGAUCCCAAACCUGAAACGGUGGCGGUUGGCUGGGUAGUCAAGUGUGCCGAAGAGAAUCGUCGAGUGGAGGUAACAGAAUGGCGGCUUGACCUGAGUGCUGGUGCCGGUAUCAUGAGUGCCAUUCCUGGGUGCUCAACAAGGCCUAAUGCAAGGUCUGCUCCCGGAAGAGGGUUGGGAAGGAGGAUCAGCAUGGAGCCAUCCAGAGUUGAAUUGCUGAACGAGGCAAACCUGAGCCAAAUUGUCGUUCCUCUGGGAUUGGAGGAUCAGGUGGAGAGGGCGAAGCGAAAGAGUCUCUUGUAUCAGCCGAAAUUCAGCAGCCCGCUGAGGACGAACGCGUUUGUACCUGGCAAGCCGGACGAUGACAAUGCAGAAAUGGAGGACCCAGAACCAGUUCUAUGA